ACGCGCCGCAAAGACAGAGCCCUUGAGCACUAGCGCAUGCGCACUUCCGCGCGCGCCGGCCCCAGGCGUGGAGGUCGGUCCCUCCCGCCCGCCACGCCCACGCCGGCCUCACCUUUUUGCUACCCUCGGAACACUGAGAAGCUCGGCAUCCGUGCGCGUCCCGCAGCCAUGGAGAUCCCCGGGAGCAAGAAAGUCAAGUUGAGCAACAACACACAGAACUGGGGAAUGCAGAGAGCAACUAAUGUCACCUAUCAAGCUCACCAUGUCAGCAGGAACAAGAGAGGCCAGGUGGUGGGGACCAGAGGUGGCUUUCGUGGUUGCACAGUUUGGCUAACAGGCUUAUCUGGAGCAGGGAAGACCACGGUGAGCAUGGCUUUGGAGGAGUACUUGGUUUGCCAUGGUAUUCCAUGCUAUACUUUGGAUGGUGACAACAUUCGUCAGGGUCUCAAUAAGAAUCUUGGCUUUAGUCCUGAGGACAGAGAAGAGAAUGUCCGUCGUAUCGCAGAAGUUGCUAAGCUGUUUGCAGAUGCUGGCCUAGUGUGCAUCACAAGUUUUAUAUCACCUUAUACUCAGGAUCGUAACAAUGCAAGGCAAAUUCAUGAGGGUGCAAGUUUACCUUUCUUUGAAGUAUUUGUUGAUGCUCCUCUGCAUGUUUGUGAACAGAGAGAUGUCAAAGGACUCUACAAAAAAGCACGGGCUGGAGAAAUAAAAGGUUUCACUGGGAUUGAUUCUGAGUAUGAGAAACCAGAGGCUCCUGAAUUGGUGCUGAAAACAGACUCCUGUGAUGUAAAUGAUUGUGUCCAGCAAGUUGUGGAGCUUCUACAGGAACGGGACAUUGUACCUGUGGAUGCAUCUUAUGAGGUGAAAGAACUGUAUGUGCCGGAAAAUAAACUGCAUUUGGCCAAAACAGAUGCAGAAACAUUACCAGCACUGAAAAUUAAUAAAGUGGAUAUGCAGUGGGUACAGGUUUUGGCAGAAGGAUGGGCAACACCUCUCAACGGCUUUAUGAGAGAGAGGGAGUACUUGCAGUGCCUUCAUUUUGAUUGUCUUCUGGAUGGGGGUGUCAUUAACUUGUCAGUGCCUAUAGUUCUGACAGCUACCCAGGAAGAGAAAGAGAGGCUGGAUGGCUGUACAGCAUUUGCUCUGAUGUAUGAGGGCCAACGUGUGGCUAUUCUUCGCAACCCUGAGUUUUUUGAGCACAGGAAAGAGGAACGCUGUGCCAGACAGUGGGGAACAACAUGCAAGAACCACCCCUACAUCAAGAUGGUUAUGGAACAAGGAGAUUGGCUGAUUGGAGGAGAUCUUCAAGUACUGGACCGUAUUUAUUGGAAUGAUGGUCUCGAUCAGUAUCGUCUUACUCCUACUGAGCUAAAGCAGAAGUUUAAAGAUAUGAAUGCUGACGCUGUCUUUGCAUUUCAGUUACGCAACCCAGUGCACAAUGGACAUGCUCUGUUAAUGCAGGACACCCAUAAGCAACUUCUAGAGAGGGGCUACCGGCGCCCCGUUCUCCUCCUUCACCCUCUUGGUGGCUGGACAAAGGAAGAUGAUGUUCCUUUGAUGUGGCGUAUGAGGCAGCAUGCCGCAGUGCUGGAGGAAGGAGUCCUGAAUCCUGAAACAACAGUGGUGGCUAUCUUCCCAUCUCCCAUGAUGUAUGCUGGGCCAACUGAGGUCCAGUGGCAUUGCAGAGCACGGAUGGUUGCAGGGGCCAAUUUUUACAUUGUUGGACGAGACCCUGCUGGCAUGCCUCAUCCAGAAACAGGGAAAGAUCUUUAUGAGCCAACUCAUGGUGCCAAAGUGCUGACAAUGGCUCCUGGUCUGAUCACCUUGGAAAUAGUUCCCUUUCGAGUUGCAGCUUACAACAAGAAGAAGAAGUGUAUGGACUACUAUGACUCAGAACACCAUGAAGACUUUGAAUUUAUUUCAGGAACACGAAUGCGUAAACUUGCCCGAGAAGGCCAGAAACCUCCUGAAGGUUUCAUGGCUCCCAAGGCCUGGACUGUGCUGACCGAGUACUACAAAUCCUUGGAGAAAGCUUAAGCUGUUCACCCCGUAGCUCCACCUUUGACUGUCCAUUGAUUAACAAGAGGGGACCACAUGAUCACUGUUGGCUUGGCUUUGUGGUGGUGUCUGUCUGGAAGUGCUUCUUAAAAACAGACCAUUUUCCUUAACUAGCAUCAGUUUUGGUCUGCUUUAUGAGUUCUGUUUUGAACAAGUGUAACACACUACUGGUUUUAAUGUAUCUUUUCCAGUUAUUAUAGUUAAUACUCCCACAAUAAGAUUUUAAAAUCUUGUCUUUUUAUAUUAUAUUUAUGCUUCUAAUGAUUUUUUCAAGCUAUGGUAUUAGUUUUAACCAGUAGUAUACACAUUGAAUCUCACUUUUCAUCCCUUAAAAAAAAAGGAAAAAAAAUCAUUCAUUGAACAAUAAACUUGGCUAGAACUUGUUUUGGGAAUUUUACAUAAAAUCUGUAACAAUUAGAUUUUUUUCUAUUCUGAAAAUAUAAACUGCCUUCUUUCCAGUCAACUAUUAAUCUCUCAGCUGUUGUAAUCUCAAGUAUUCUUAUGGUCUGUGUAAGCCGUGGAUGAUCUUUCUUUAUUCAAUAAAAUUAGAUUUUUUGGCUUA